AUGUCACUCCCUUCCGACCGUCUUCAGAAAGACGACAAGGUCCUUAUCAUUGGCGUGACAGGCCUCGUAGGCGCGUCGACGGCCGAUGCAUUGGCACAGCGAGGUCUCAAAGUCGUCGGAGCGACUCGACAGGUCGGACCCAGGACACAACCUCUGAAGGACAAGCUUGAUGGGCUGUAUGGAAAGGAUACCAUCGAAUUCGUCCAGAUCAAGGACUACACCGAUGUGAACGAGUACAGAGCGAUAUUGCAUGGUGUCGCCGGGAUUGUUUACCAAGCAUAUGAUCUCUCGACGUUGGACACUACAAAGGCCGUCGAAACUGCCUACAAGACUACCUGGGCUAUCUUAGAGGCGGCAUAUGAAACUCCGUCUGUCAAGUCUAUCGUUUUCACGUCCUCCACCGCGGCAAUUUACAACGCGACCUACGGCCAAGAUAUGGACCUCUCUCUAGACGAUUACAACGACACGGGCUAUGAAAAAGCAUUUCGACUCCCCGAUGAUGCUCCUGAGAAGUUUGGAUUCGUUUACUCCGCCACAAAGGUCAAAAUGGAGAAGACGCUCUGGGACUUUGUCAAGCAGCACAAACCUUCGUUCGCUGUGAACACUGUCCUUCCUCACAUGGUGCUUGGCAAGCCUUUUAAUCCCGCCGAGGGUGUGUACAGCACUUCAACGUGGACGAAAUGGAUUUUUGAAGGCAAGCUAGACAACAACCCUGGCGUCGGCUUCUGGCUACCGAGUGAAUGGCACAUCGACGUUAGGGAUGUUGCCAUUAUCCAUGUUGCUGCUCUACUGGAUCCCGAGGUGAAUGGGCAGCGCAUGUGGGCUGCAGUAGCUCCACCUGUUCACAUCAACGAAUUGUUAGCGCAAUGGAGGGAGCAAUAUCCUGAACGACAAUUCGUACAAGACUUCGAUGUGCCAUCACCGCCAAAGCAGAACAUCCUAGACAAUUCGCUCGGUCAGAAGUUGCUGGAGAAGUGGGCGGGUAGGGAUCUCAUAUCGUUCGAGGAGAUGAUCCAUGAGACUAUUGAGGAUUCCCUGUGA